AUGCUGACCAGUUCUCUCACAAUGGCGCCAACCAAAAUUUUCCCAAAUCGAGUUAUUUCAGAACCAAAUCUGACUGAUAUUUGUGCUAUUGCAAAUCCAUGUCAAAAUAAUGGCACAUGUAUCUUUGUAUGGAAGAAGAAUACGCAUUACUGUAAAUGUCAGCCAGGAUAUACGGGUAACAAUUGCACUGAGAAAAUAGAUUUUGAUCCUUGCGCUUCAAAUCCAUGUCAAAAUGGUGCCACAUGUACGGCUAAAGUGCAACAGGGUAAACCAACAUACGAAUGUUAUUGCGCACCAGGAUUUGGAGGACCGAAAUGUGAUCAAAGGCCAUGUGACGUUAAUCCGUGCUUACACAACGGGACAUGCAGGACAACGGCUGGAUUUAGCUCAUAUUUUUGUGAUUGUAAGGAUGGGUACGGAGGAAAGAACUGUGAUAUUGUUAGUUUAUGUCUUGCAAAUUUGAGCAAUGCCUUUAGUACAACGUUGCCCUUGCAAAGGCUUCUGCUCAAACAUCUGAUCAUGGCGUAA